GUGGUCUGGCCGCUUUGAGCUUGUAUGCUGUCUAUCGGAUCUACGGGGUUUCCAAUAAGGUGGAACCAGAUGCCAACACGUGAUUACGCCUAAGGGACCUUUAAUGAGCUGGCAAUCCCUUUCCCACGCGUCUAACACCGCAUUCUAGAUCUACAACGACCUUGUGUCCUAACUUUUGUGUGUCACUUCUCUCGGAUGGCAACAGAUCCAAGCUUCUAUCUUCAAAACAACUUGAAUCCAUCAUAUGAUGCAGAUAUCAUUGAAAAGACUCGAACGACGCUAGGAGCCGCGAUCGCAUUCUCGGUUGAUGAGAUCGAGAAGCACCUUGAUAGUCCUGAUGAGCCCACAAUCCCGAGGAUAUACAGCAGUCAGGUUGGAGAGGCGGUUGGAUUGUUGAGGCUUUAUGCACAGGCUGGACGACUCGGACUGCCAGACGUUCUCAAAGAUCGUCUUCCGGCGCUAAUCAAGAAGUUCAUCGGACCCUGUUUCACGGACAAGAACCCGGAAUUUUUCGAGGCGUCGUCCAAGAAUCCCGAUGUUCGGAGGAAAGUGCUCAACUUCGGGAAAUGCGGCAUGAUGACAUCUCUUCCCGGUCCGGCAUUCCUCGAGAUAUCCCGACAGCUUCUUAUCCCCGAGACUGCGGACGAUGACGAUGAUAUGUACGAAAUAGCGCUUGGUGUUCUGCAGAACGGGUUUGCCGCGUGCUUUGAAGCGAGCAAUGAACAGGAUCUGCAAGGCGAUAUGGUUGAGCUUAUGUGGAGCACGGCUGGGUUUCUGUAUGGCGUCAUCGGAAUGCGGGCAAUGCUGGACGGCAUGCAAACUACCGAUCCUGGAAAAAUAGCCAAGGCGAAGGAUUCGCGCCUGCUAGAUAUCGUGUCCAACGAGAGCAUUGGCCGGCUUGUGACGGAGAUCAUACAUACCGGAGUACACGGAUCGGGACGCUUUCGCGAACAAUUCGGGCAUGCCCCCCCAGUCAUGUGGCGAGAUUUCCGACGGUCCUAUGCGUUGGGUGGUAUACACGGUGUGGCUGGUGUACUGCUCAUUCUGCUUCAAGUUCCCAACGCGAUUAUAUACCCUUACCUGAAUGGGCAUAUUCUCCCAACGCUCGAUUGGCUACUUGCACAACAAAGGAAUGGCAAUAUGCCCCGCACAUACCCAACGAAUGCGCCCCAGGCGGGUGGGCCAGCAUGGCAGUGCCAGUUCUGCCAUGGCGCCAUUGGCCCUGCCCUCAUGCUUACGGCGUAUAAACACUUACUUCCAUUCCCAACCGAAGGAUACACCCCAAGGAGCAUUGUAGCGAAGAGGCUAAAUCGUGACAAGUGCUUGGAAGAUUGUUUAGAUUUCAUAUGGAAAGAAGGCCUGCUGCGCAAGGGCAUUUCCGUUUGCCAUGGCAUUACGGGAAACGCUGUGCCUUUUCUCAUACAGGCAGCCUACGACUUGAAGGAGGGAAAGACAGAAAGCUUAUCGCUUGGCCGUGCGUUGGCUUUGUUGCGGUAUGCGAGCGGGCUCCCUCCCAUCAACAUGCCGCAAUCUGAGCAGUCUCUGACAUUGCCAGAUGGCCAGCCCAUCUUCGGUCCGCUUGAACACCCAACUUAUCUUUUCCAGGGCAUCGCGGGCGCAAUGUGCGUGUGGGCGGACGCGCUGGUUCUGCUCAACAACCAACUUGAAGGGGCUGAAAAUGUGACGACGGGUAUAGUUGGCUUUCCCCUGGCCGGUGGUCUUGGCAUUCGUUUGCCCUUGUGA